UAAUGUGAUACGAGACUGAAUAAAAUCAUUGAGUAGUCUAUGAAUAAAAUAUUUACUAAUAACACUUUUAAAACAUUUUAAUAAAUUUUUAGUCGUGGUGUUUAUGUUAAAUUAAUUGUUCUUCCCAAUAUGAGUUAUUAAAACAAAAUUUUAAUUUAAAUAUGUUCAUUAUUUUGAAAUUGUUUUAGGAUGGCUUAAUGUUGGUCUUAUGUUUUUUUUCUAAGCAUGGAAGUAGAUACUACAAAACAAGAUCCUAUAGACUCACCAUGUAAAAUUAAUCAGAUAAAGAAGCUGGAUGAUAUCAAUAGUAAUGUUCAAGAAGAGACUUGUUUAGUUGAUGAAGGUCAGAAAGUUGAAUCGUCAUGUGUUAAUGGUAAAAAAUUGGAUGAGUUUAUGUGGCAACAAAAAGAUGAACUUGACUAUUUUAAAAGACAAUUAGCCGUAAGUGAGCAUAAAUAUUUAACUGAUAUAAGUAAAUUAAAAUCACAAAUACAAUCAUUAAGUAAGGUAUAUGAGACAGCCAAAAAUGAAAAAGAAUCAGCAUUUAUGCGAUAUGUAUUGAAAGAAAAAGAAAUAUUAGAUUUGAAUAAUGAGAAAAAAAAGUUGCUUGAUGGUAUUAAGGAAAAAGAGAAACAAAUUGUAAAAUUAAAAACCAAUAAUAGAGAAGCAACAGAUUUUUUGAAUACUAUUGAAAUAAAAAACAAAGAGCUAAAAGAAACAAAAAUUUGUAUUGAAAUUUUGAAAGAAGAGAAAUUAAAAAUAUUAAAAGACUUGGAAUGUUGGAAAAUUAAACAUGAGCAAAUUACAAAAACUUCUCAAGAAAGUGAAAGUAAGUUAAAACAUGAAAUAGAAACUUUACAAGUUAAAUUAGAGGCAUUGACCAAAGAAAAUGAAGCAUUUAAUCAAGAAAGUAAUUUAGAAAAACUAGUUAUUGAAAGUCAAUUUUAUGUAACUUUGAAAGAACAUUCAGAUCAACUUUUAGACCAAGUAAAUGUAUUAAAUAGAACUGUUGAAGAUUUGAACUGUAAAUUGACAGAAUGUGCAUCAACUAUCACCUCAUUAGAAAAUGUUAAUAUUGAUCUUAAGACACUUAUGGAAAGCAAUGAAACAAGAACAAAAGAACUUCUUUUAUUUACUGAGAGUAUAAGUUCACUUAAUGCAUCAUUACAGACUGAAAAUACAAAUUUACAUGUUACAUUAAAUAAAGUACAAAACAACUAUGAAGUAUUAAAGAAAAAAAAUAAUGAACUCAAAUCUAUUAUUAUAAAUCAAAAAAGUGUUUUAGAAACAGAAAAAAACACAUUUGAAAAUGAUAAAAAAGAACUAGCUAAUCAUUUAGCUAAAAAAAUGCAAAUGGUUGAUGAGUUAAAAACAAUGUUAGAGCGCACUCAAGAUGAUUUGCACGUUUCUAAAAAAAAAUUUAAAAGUACAGUUGCAGAGCUCACAAAAGAAUUAAAAAAGAAGAAUAUGGUUGAUACUUCAGUGGAAAUGAAAAUGAUAUUAGACAAGAUGGUCAAAUUACAGCAGGAAAAUGCUAGAAUUAGUGAAAAGUUAGAUUUUGUCGAAGAUCAUAAUGCACAUCUGCUCUUAGAGUUAAAGAAAAAAAGAAGUAUUAUUUUAAGGCAUGGGUUGUCUGAUAAAAAUACAUCAUUUUCUAAAACUAAUGAACAGAAGAACAAAAAGUAUUAGUUUACAUUCUAUGAUUUUAUUUUUGAUGCGAUUAUUAUUUUUAACUAAAUUAUAACUUAUCUAGUCCAUGUAUUUUGCAUUAAUACACUUAAAUUGUAAGCAUACAUAUUAUUAUUUUAUUGAAUUAUUGUAUAGUUUUAUCAACAUAUUAUUAAAAAUCAAUUAUUCCAAUGUGCAAUUUGUUGUUGUUUU